AAGCAGUUAAACACAUAAAUACAAAAGUAAUGAAGUAAACAUAAUACAAAGAUAUUUUAACAGUACUCGUAAGAAAUAAUAUUUUCGGAGAAUUCGAGAAUGUUUUCAGGAGAAUAGUCGUGCCUCGAUAUAAGGACGGACUUGUCCCUCGAUAUAACGCAGCGAAUCAGCCACCACCACUAUUUGUUUUUAAAUAUUGCGAGCCAAUCGUUGACCGGCUGGUGGUCAAAUAAAUAAGAAUCGGUUGGCGUUAUAGUAACUAAAAUUAAUACUGAUAUAUUUUUCAAUAUAUUUUUGGGAGAGUGUCAUGGAUGGAUUGGUGAGGUCUCGGUGAUGAAAACGAGUCCAAACAUGGCCCUGUUUGGAGUACUUUUAAUUAUAUAUUAAAAAAAUUGCCGAGGGUUUAUAAAUAAUUGCUUAUAUUUAAAAGUAAAUUGAACGGGUUCGUGUUUGGACUCAUUUCCAUCGGGAACACCUCACGAAUCUAUCAUUGAUCAUUUUCGUUAGGAUAUCAUGAAAAAGAUAAUAACUGUAAUUGUUACUGGAAACGUUAUAUCGAGGGGUUGCACUUUCAUGUUUGAGAGAAUCAUGUAAUAUUGCUCCAAUGUUGCAGGAAUAUUACAAUAUCGCAUUAAACCUUGUACAACAUAGCAAAAUACUGCUUUUACUUAUAAGAUAGAGAAUUCGAAGAGGUUGAAACUUCUGGAUUCGAGUACUAUCUGCAAUAAAUUUAAUUCUUUCAACUAUCGAAGUACUCGUGUGUACAUUUUCGAACGCUACAGGCACUUGAAUGCUCUGCGAAUUCAAAUGUUCGAAGCAUUAUACCUUGGAUAUUGGGAUUGACUCGGAUUCGUGAGUGCACAUUGCACUUGAUACCAUCCCUAUCCCUGACACAUUGGAACUGACGGAGCAAUAAGAGGCACGCACGUCCUACGUUCACCGCGAUGUCGGCCGAAUUGUCACGAACGGAUGUAGGAGCGCGACUAUUCCCUCGAGAUAACUCCGCCUGGCUUUUGUUAUUUCAACUCGUCAGUCAUCAACAAUGUUUGUCUCGAAUUUGUUAUCGUUCGUUGUUACGCCGAGCUCUUUCGCUUGGUUCGCUAUGGAAUUCCAUGCGCGGUUGGGCACGAAGACAAUGGCGAUUUAAAUUCUGCUCGUCAAUUUCCUUUGAUCUACGAGACCGUCGAUCAUUUUGAACAUAAAAAUGUGCUUGGAGUUUAAUAAAUCGAAUUGAGUUGGGGCACUGCGUUGUAUCUAAUUACUGGUAAAAAUUGCUGAAGUUGGGGGCGGAUGGUGGAACAGUGUGCAGCGUAGCCCGGGUUCGAAUCCCGGUCGUCUGUCUCAGUAUUUCAAGGCAUGGCUAAGAAAAAAAUGUAUGGAAAGUCUGUUCAAGAAAUAAGAAAAAUGUAAAACUAACCAAAGAAUAUAUAACAGAAUGCCACAAAAUAGGAAGGAUAAAGAAGUAAAAAGUAAGUUCAAUUUUUCUUAAAGCAAUGGUUUAUGCGAAAUAAGAUCACGCAAACGUGCCUACAAAAAUUGAAGGACUGUGGCUUAUUUUAAUGUAAGAAAACAUGUAAUAUUAUAAAUAUAAAAAGAUACAUAUAUGUAACGGAAAAUAUGAGUGCAAUAUGUGAAUACACAUGCACUUAAAAAAUAACCAACUGCUGAAAUUUAUUUGAAAAUUAAAUAACCUCUCUGCCUCGAUGGCAAGCUCCUCUCACGAGUGGCCUUAUCAUCGAAUCCGUGUUCCCUGUGGCGGGAUUGGGCUGCGUUCGGUUGUAUACGUUGCUGUUGUAUGUAAUUUCGCAAUCAGCUUGCAGCCACACGCAACUAGAUCAAACUAUGUCCUACUCCAAUUCCACGGGGAUAUUCGAUCGUUUCGCGUUAAGUUAUUGAAGAAUUGACCUUUCCUGUGAUUCGCGGUGCAUCGGGUUUACAUUAGCUCCGAUCGGGGCACACUAGCCGCGCGUUUGUAUUCUGAGGAGGUUGUAAUAACGAAUCGGCCAAACUAAUGAAGUGAUACAUUAUUCACGGUUGUCCUCGGCUAUAUAUCGCCGGAACGAUACAGCUUGCGCGUCAAUUCGCCCGAUAGAAAUGAUAUCGGUUUUGUUCCUACUCUUGACCGUCAACUAUGGCCACAGCUUCAACGAUUUUCCAUCCUUGAUUGCCGCGAACGCCACGAUGGCGGUGAUGGUCGACAAGAAUUUCUUCGACAACAAGGAGGAGCACAGAAACGCUGUGGAGUCCGUCCUCGAGUUGAUCACGGACACCGUGAGGACGGAGAUGCACCUAGGUGGUAUCGCGGUUCGUAUUUUCCGCGACGUGGACGUCGAUCUGCGACAAGAUUACACGAUACUUCUAUCCAUCACGACGUGCUACCGAACCUGGCGCCUGCACGAGACUGCUCGAAAGAAGGAUAUUAUACAUUUCGCCAUAACAGAUCCAGACUGUCCCCGAAUUCCGGACGUCGACGGCAUAAGCGUUCCCAUGAUAGUACCUGGCGAGGAACUGUCCCAGAUCUUUCUCGACCUGAGGAUGAUGAACAUCCUGUCCUGGAAUGUGAUCAACAUCCUCCACGACGACACUUUUGAUAGGGACACGAUCACCAGGGUGAUGAAGGCCAUAUCGGACAAGCUGCCCAACGAACGAUCAAGUCUGAUCUCCAGGUCGAUCUUCACCCUGAAACACGACGUCACGGAGAGGGAGAGGAUAAGCUCCGUGAAGAAGGUGUUGGAUGAUUUCCACGUGGAGCAGCUGGGACGCUGCUUCCUGGUGAUCGCCACUUUUGAUAUAGUCGCCGAUGUUAUGGAAGUGGCGAGGUCCUUGAAGAUGGUGCAUCCCGGUAGCCAGUGGUUGUACGUCAUCACCGACAGCGCCGAGCAGAACGCCACCAACAUGACGACCUUCGUUGAUCUAUUAGCGGAAGGUGGAAACGUGGCUUUCAUGUACAACGCGACUGAAUUCGGCGACUUCUGCGAAGCCAAGUUCACAUGUUUCGUCGCGAAGCUGGUCAAAGCGCUGUCCAGAACCUUGGACUACUCCCUGAUGAACGAGAUCGAGCUGCGAAAUAGGGCAGGCUUGGAGGACUUCGAGAUCAUCAAGCUGACAAAAGCGGAGAGGAAGCGCGAGAUACUGAAGAAUAUCAAGAUACACCUCAGCCAAAACUUGCCAGAUCCUAAGGAUGGCUGCAGGAUGUGUUUGCUGUGGAGGUUCUCCUCCUCCAUCACUUGGGGCAAUUUCUUUCCUCGCGAGAAAAAUAUCGCUCAUCUUCUGGACGUUGGGACGUGGUCGCCUAAAUUUGGAGUCGACUUGACGGACGCUCUCUUCCCUCAUAUCGAUCACGGUUUCAGGGGCAUCGCUAUACCGAUCACGACGUACCACAAUCCACCGUGGCAGAUAAUCUCCGUGAGCAGCACGGGUAAAGCGACGUACGACGGACUGAUCUUCGACGUGGUCAACUACCUGAGCAAGAAGUUGAACUUCACGUUUAACGUGAUUGUCCCGGAAAUGGACAAGAUAGCGAAGUCCUGGAACGAUUCCCGGUUCGCCAAGCUCGGAGACAGAGUCAACGAAAUGACGAUGUCGAGCACGAGGAAGGUACCGCGGGAAGUGAUCGACUAUGUUCGCGACAAGAAGGUCCUGAUGGCCGCCUGCGCGUACACCGUGAACGAAUAUGGGAAGAGCGCAAUCAAUUUUACGGUACCCAUUUUCCUGCAAACGUAUAGCUUUUUAACUUCCAGGCCCGAGCAGCUGUCGAGGGCGCUUCUGUUCGCCUCGCCGUUCACCAAAGAGACGUGGGCCUGUCUGGCCGUAGCCAUUAUCAUAAUGGGUCCGAUCCUGUACAUGAUCCACAAGUACAGUCCCUACAGCACGAAGACCUCGGGCCUGAACUCGUCCUGGCAGUGCGUGUGGUACGUGUACGGGGCGCUUCUUCAACAAGGAGGGAUGUAUUUACCGCAGUCGGAUAGCGCGCGUCUCCUGAUCGGCGUGUGGUGGUUGAUCGUGAUGGUUCUGGUGGCCACUUACUCCGGAAGUUUGGUCGCCUUUCUGACGUUCCCAAGGAUGGACGCGUCCAUUCUGACCGUGGAGGACCUCAUAGAGCGAAAGGAUAGGUUGACCUGGAGUUUCCCCAACGGCAGCUUUCUUGAGGUGUACCUGAGAAACGCGGACGAGCCGAAGUAUCAUAUUCUCUUGUCUCACGCGCAAAAGCACAACGACACGGAGGAAGAGGAAUUAAUAGAGCGCGUGAAGGAAGGCAAACACGUCCUGAUCGACUGGAGGAGUUCCCUCAGGUUCUUGAUGAGAAAACACUUGCUACUGACCGGAGGUUGCCACUUUUCCAUGAGCACGGACGAGUUCUUGGACGAGCCCAUAGCCAUGAUCAUCCCGCAGGGGAGCCCCUAUUUGCCAGUAAUCGAUGCAGAAUUGCAUCGAAUGCACGAGUCGGGUUUGAUGCACAAAUGGAUCACCGAGAGGAUGCCAAUGAAGGACAAGUGCUGGGAAGCGUUAGGCAGCAGCCAGACGGUGAUUAAACGAAAAGUGAACGUGGCUGACAUGCAGGGGAUAUUCUUCGUACUCUUUAUGGGCGCGACGUUGGCCUUGUUCCUUCUACUCUGCGAGUUCUAUUGUCACAGACGCAAGAUAAACAAGGAACGCAAGCUGAUUCGUCCGUUUGUUUCCUAAAAUCAUCUUCAAGGACCCGUAUCAGGUCAAAUCGAUCAUUUUUGUAGCCUUAAAAACGGAGAUUUUGAUGGUAUGAAGAUAUCAUGGGGAAACUAUGACUUAAAUCUCUUUCGAUUUCGAAUGGCCUAUCAUAUAUUUUAAUAUCAUCAAUAUUCCUGUUAUGGAAGUGCAAAAGUGACUAAUUUGACGUAAAAUGGUUCGUACAGUCCUGCAAAUUGUUUUCGCUGCUCUCGCCAACUUCCCGCUAUCCAAACAGCGGUUUCCUCGCGAUAAACGGAGCCAGCGCCUCAUUAUGCGGCCAGUCGCAUUUCUUCGGUCCAUCUCGCGCGAAUUGCCCGUUCCCUUUUUCCUUUUGCAAUUAGCGUCUCUUUCUGUGGUCAGGACUGGCAAACAAGACCGCUCUUGCUCAAAUCUUGUUAAUAUCUUUUGCCCGACGCUCUGCCCUGCGACCUGGUCCUUUUCCAUCCUCCAAAGAAAAAUUAAAAUUAAAAAAGAACUAUUUUAGUUUAAUAUAAAGUGUAUUAUUAUUUCUUUUAUUUAAGAACGGAAAUUACUAAUGCGACGUCACGUUAGCUCUUUGCACUCGAGAAGUGACUCUCAGUCGCUAUUAGCAAAUUUAUCAGCAAUAAUGCUUCUUUAGGUUUAAUUUCUUUGGAACUCAAAGUGUCAAUAAAAUGAUUAUCGACGAGGUAAAGGUGACCUUAUUCUCAAAUCUAGAUAGCUUAGCAUUCGUGGCAAUAGAAUGCUAAGAAAGCAUCUUGGGUUGCUGGUAGAUACGAGAAAAAAAGGCCUCGAGUGCAAAGGGUUAACACGUGACCGCCAUUUGUGGGCGACGGUGCUCUUUCCUAAGGAACUAAGUUUAUUCAUUCUUAAGGCAAGCUAUGGAAGAAAAUAAAUCCAAGUGGAAUUCGUGAAUGCGAUUUGGUUAGACCAGUAAGUAGAUCAUGUGGUUUUCGAUUGUUUCGAAACAAAAUUUUGAACUUUGUAAAGAUUUUCACGAGUGGUGGUCAACGCGUUCGAGUUAGUUCCAGAAAAAUAGGAAUUGUAAACGGAUAUUAAACCAGAUGUAAUCGAUAGGUAUCGAUAAAACUGUCGAGCGUCCCAACGUCUGACGUCAUGUAUCGAUAGUAUCUGAGCACGUCUCGGUCCCAACGCUAGCCUACGGACAUCCGAGAGAGGUAUGACAAUUACCAUCACGAACGUCUAAUUUGUGGGUAAUGGACGGCACCGGAUAUUGCGCGGAUAUCCACGCAACGUCCGACAGCGACAGUGCUUCAACGUUUUUCACGAUGGACGCCUGCUGGCGUGUCCGUGACGUCGAUUUAUUCGCACCUGAAUAGCGAGCGUGACUCUCCGAAUCGCCGUGUUCGAGUCCUUAUUAUCGUAAUAAGUCGCAAUUCUACUCGGAGAAAAGUAUACGAGAAAGCGUAAGGCAAAAUGAGUUCGAAAAUAUUCGUGGAAUUAUGAUAGAAUUAUGCGUGGAAUCAAAUCAAGCAAAUAUGUUCGAUGUAAACAUUAAUUACGGAGGGAUUAAAAAAUAAUUAUGUCUUAAAACUCUCUAGUCAGAUCGAUGAAAUUUUGUUUGAGUGGAGAUGUGAGUAGUAUAAAUAAAAAUCCGAGUUAUUCAGCGAAUCUAUAUUUUGAGAUAUAAAGUUUCGAGUUCCGAAAAUGUAGAAAAGAAAUUGUUUCCAAGUUACUUUUUAAAGGUUUCUUUCACCUGGAUAAUGAGUCUUGAGGUGAGAAGCCUCGUCUUCCUUCAUUGUUCCUUUUUAGGGGAGCCCAAACUUGGUGUUUAUUAACGAACGAUAAAUUAACGAUUGUCUUAGGAGGAGAAAAUAGGCGUUCAUUGUUAAACGCUGAUUCUUGAUGCGUUUGGCAACGAUCUGUGGAAGAAUCUCGCGGUAAAAGUCACGGUGUUACAUAACGAAUCAAGCCACUGGGAUUCUCCCGCCUGCAUUAGUUGAAACCAGGUCCUCGCGUAGCUCUUUGCCAUGAUGAAUGGGAGAAUAAUCGAGGCACUGGUAUUCUAUAUAUUCUGUAACAGAAAUUACGCCCUCAAGAUUUUAAUACCGUAAUCAAUUCUGUCAAAAAUUUCAGGUCUACAAACUGAUAUGUAAACAUUUAUAUGUACAAAGACAAAUUCAAAAACUAAAAAAUUAAUAAAAUAUUA